UAGUCAAAUCUCUCAAUUGAAAUAACAAAAAUUGUCGUUCGGGCGCCGAGAGGAUAUGGCUAUUCCGGCAGGAACUCGUUUGAUCCUCCUCCUCGGCAUAGCCUGUUUCAUAACGAUCAACGGGGUUGUAGCCAACCCCUUGGGUGCCCGUAGAAGCCUGCUUGGCGGCGCAAUUUUUGACAUUACCAAGUUUGAAGCUAAAGCCGAUGGCAUUACUGACAAUGCAAUACCUAUUAUUAGAGCUUGGAAGGCCGCAUGCGAGUCAAGAGGAGCAGCAAAGGUUGUGAUCCCCCGCGGGAAUUUCAUGGCCGGCGAGAUUGUAUUGGGAGGACCCUGCGUCGGACAGACCACCGUCGAAAUCCAGGGCACUCUACUGGCAAACCCUGACCCCAGUGCCUAUACGGGCGGCUCCUGGAUCAUGCUCCAAAGAGUCGACAAUGUUGUCGUGACUGGUGGAGGGACCAUCAACGGCCAGGGAAAGAAUGUUUGGCAGUACGCCGGCGGGGACUCUCCUCUUUCAGUUUCUCUAGUGUUUCAAACAGUGGGAAACGGUAAACUACACAACCUGAGAUUUGUCGACAGCAUGGGAUUCCAUAUUAAGGUGACGGACAGUCACGACGUCAUUGUGCAGCAGUUGACGAUAACCGCCCCUGCAAAUAGCCCCAACACCGAUGGCAUACACCUUAGCAGUAGUAAAAAUGUCAAAAUCACUGACUGUGUCAUAGGAACAGGAGAUGACUGUGUCUCGAUCGGACAUGGCACCUUAAACACUGCCGUCGCCAGAAUCACUUGCGGUCCUGGACAUGGAAUCAGUAUUGGUAGCUUGGGAAAGCGAGAGGACGAAACAGACCUGAAAGGAGUGAGCAUAACCAACUGUACACUCAUAGGAACAACAAAUGGUGUAAGAAUCAAAACAUAUCACGAUUCGCCUCAAAUGACCGCCAGCGACAUUGUUUUUCAAGAUAUUAAGAUGAUUGAUGUUAAGAAUCCCAUCAUGAUAGAUCAGCAUUACAACUCCAAGUCCAAGCCCGUGCAAUCGAAGGUGAAGAUUAGAAAUGCUCGAUUCAUAAACAUAAAAGGGAGCUCAAUUUCGCCAGUGGCAGUCACCCUGAAUUGCAGUUCCGCUGUCCCUUGUGAAGGCAUUCAAUUGGAGAACAUAGACCUAGUGCCCUCUGGUAAAACUGGCCCUCUCACCUCCGCAUGUUCCCAUGCCAAAUUUCUACUAAAAGGAAUCCAAAAGCCUGCAGCUCCCAUUAAGUGUGCAUAGAAUUUAGUUUAUUCUUCAGCAGAUUUGCAGCAUCCCCAGGGAAUAAAUAAUCAUAAGUAGUCGUAGAGGCACAUUCGUUAUCAGUGUAUGUGGAGUUAUCAUAACUAGUCUUAGAGGCACAUUUGAAAACAUGGUGUUGAGAAAUAAUUUGAUUGGAGGGAAGAGACAGAGAAACAAAUAAGAUGUGGAGAUGACAAAUUAUUAUUAUUAUUUUUUGUCAUUUUUUGUACUGUAUAGAGUUAUUUUAGGAGCCCUCUCCUUAAAAGAGAACUAGCAUUGAACCCGUUACGUCACUCAUUUAAAAAAGAUAUAGAUUAUAUAUAUCCAUGUAUUUAUACUAUUUUUGUAAUGUAUU